CUUCAGCCGCAAAAGUAUAACUACGAUUUAAAAAAUCUUCACCUACUCAAACAUGUCGGAAGGCAUCGAUCGCAAAGCCGACGAGAAGUUGGAAUUUGUCUCCUCGAAGGAGGUCAGCGUAGCUCCGACUUUCGAGGCUAUGCACCUCAAAGAGAACUUGCUCCGUGGAAUAUACGCAUACGGCUACGAAUCACCCUCAGCAGUGCAGUCUCGAGCCAUCGUGCAGAUAUGCAAAGGCCGCGACACCAUCGCUCAAGCUCAGUCGGGCACAGGCAAAACCGCCACCUUCAGCAUCAGCAUACUACAAAUCAUCGACACCGCUGUCCGUGAGACGCAAGCGCUGGUCCUCUCGCCAACUCGAGAACUUGCAACGCAAAUUCAGUCUGUCAUUAUGGCCCUAGGGGACUAUAUGAACGUGCAGUGCCACGCGUGCAUUGGAGGCACUAACGUCGGCGAGGAUAUCCGCAAACUUGACUAUGGACAGCACGUCGUCUCCGGGACCCCCGGCCGCGUCGCGGACAUGAUCCGCCGACGCAACUUGCGCACCCGGCAUAUCAAGAUGCUAGUCCUGGACGAGGCUGACGAAUUGCUCAAUCGUGGGUUCCGCGAGCAGAUCUACGACGUGUACCGCUACUUGCCCCCCGCAACGCAAGUUGUCGUUGUGUCUGCCACGCUACCGUACGACGUGCUCGAGAUGACGACCAAGUUCAUGACGGAUCCCGUGCGCAUCCUUGUCAAGCGUGAUGAAUUAACACUUGAGGGCCUCAAGCAGUACUUUAUUGCGAUCGAGAAGGAAGAGUGGAAGUUUGACACGUUGUGCGACCUAUACGAUACGCUGACCAUCACCCAAGCCGUCAUCUUCUGCAAUACGCGCCGUAAGGUGGAUUGGCUAACGGACAAGAUGCGCGAGGCAAACUUCACCGUCUCAAGCAUGCACGGUGAAAUGCCGCAGAAGGAGCGGGACAGCAUCAUGCAGGAAUUCAGACAGGGCAACUCGCGCGUGCUCAUCUCGACCGAUGUGUGGGCCAGAGGUAUCGACGUGCAGCAGGUGUCCUUGGUCAUCAACUAUGACUUGCCCAGCAAUCGUGAAAACUAUAUCCACCGCAUCGGUAGAAGUGGUAGAUUCGGCAGAAAGGGUGUGGCCAUCAACUUUGUGACCAGCGAAGACGUUCGCAUUCUUCGUGACAUUGAGCUGUACUACUCUACGCAGAUUGACGAAAUGCCGAUGAAUGUGGCAGACCUCAUUUCUUGAGCAUGGCGUCGUGCGCCUUAUGCUGAAGUGCAUAACAUUUGUCCAUACAGCAGUGAAGCAUGACGUGGCGUCUGUAUCACAUCAUGGUGAAAAAAAACAGGCUAUCCAUGGCGGUUGGAUGGCUGCACGAGAGUGGUGGAAAGGGCAUGUAAGCCAUAGCUUGAUCCAGUUCUCAAAUUCAAUAUCACGGUGUCGUCAUAUUUGAUUCUGUUCUUGCAGGCGAUAAAUGACCACAUGUGAAUCACCUAUCCGUCUACUGAGCAAUAUCUGCUCUCUUUACUUCUGAACGGGUCCGGAAUUAUUAUUGGAAUUUGCUGCAUCUGGCAAGAGCAAAGCCUCUUACUGCCAUUACCUCGACCAUCUCAAUCGUACAAUCAUCAAGAACAGCGGAUUCAUAGUGAGCGAUUCGUCCUGAAAGAUAAAGGAGAAGGCUAGUAUGGAAACGUUCAUGGGCUUCACUCAGCUUCGUGGCUUGAAUGUCUGGAGCACGCAUCAUUUUCGCGACAGCAUGCAAUGGCUAGCAGCAGAAUAAAACGUUGCAGUUUGCGAAACCAAAGUCGUAAAAAGAUGUAAGAUUUUCUUUUUGCAUCAUUUUGUGCUACUUAUGGAUGGUCUACGGAUCAUUUGAACUCUGCAGGACCCGUUCUCGGAUUGAGCUGCAGUAAGAAUCAUUCCAACAGAACAGGACAAAUACGCAAAGUCGUUCUGAAUGUCUUGAGAGACGAUUGUUUGUCUUGCACGAUGUAAAAGCUCGAAGAGGACGGCUAGUCAACGGCCUUUGCGUUUUGUUACAUUUGGUCGGGUUUAACACGUUUGACCCACAGAACCACGUAAAUUGAUUAGAGCCAGUCCGGCUUAUUUCUGACAAAAACGCCCACCACUCGACUCUAGCAGCUCUGAAGAACAAUGAAAAUCUCAAGAUUCGGAUAAGUGAAAGACUUCGUCCAUCAAAGAGCCCUGCAAUAUCUGUCGAUCAUGUAGAGAGAUUCUACUGCUUAUACGAGCACAUAAAGUACAUUCUAUGUCCUUCAGAUUUGACUGUCGCUCAGCAUAUCGACGAACGCGAAAAAGCAAAUAUUGGCUUCCGUGGUUUCGGUAUUCGAAUAGGGCUUCUGCAUUGGUCGCAAAUUUUUUGGUCAUAACUUCAAGGAAAUUGCGAUGAAAGACACGCCGUCCUGCGCGUACGAAGCAAUUCUUAGAAAAGCUGAAAAAAGGUGCUACAAGCUACUGCGUGAGCUCAAGGUCGUGACUGUAUUCGGAGAAGACUUUGGCGAGCUUUUGCAACUUGAUGUCGCCGAAGCUGCGACUGAGUUGAUUUAGGUGCUUAUGGAACGCCGAAGUACCCUCUGGUCAUGACAAAGUCGCAGUUACCGUCGAGAUCUUGCGCGGAACAGUCUCAAUGUCGAAGUUACAGGCGAGAAACGUUAGAUUCUAAAGCAGUUUGACUAUUGGACUUUCUCUGAGCUAUUCCUCGCUUGUGCAGCUGCGGGUGGUACAUGUCACCAAACUAGGGUUCAAAAAGUGCGGGCACUAGCGGGCAAGAUGAAAGAGCAAUAAACGAAGCUUAGAAGCAAAUUAGAGAAACUCCCACCAGCAGUUCAGGAGAUCCAAGUAUUUGAUCUAUCAUCGGCUGCCGUAUUGCUGGGGAAAGCAUCAGCAAAUAUCCGCAAGUCCAGAAUAAGGAUUGGUUGGGCACAAAUUCACGUGGUGUUGAAUGCAUUAAUAUUGGACUUGAUGGAGAGCAUUCUGACGGACAAACAUUGUAUGAAAGUUGUAGUUCAAUAUCAGACGUCGAGUUUGAUGAGCUGUCGCUCUGCAGAGCGAAGGGCAAUGGCGAUCCCGGAUAAGGAUCGCGAAGAGCAACAAAGGGGCGGCAUCAUUUGCGUACAUGGCAGAUGUUUCCGCAAGGAAAAGGCAAAGGUAUCUUGCUCUUCGGUUACCCGCUCUUCUUCAUUCCUUGGCAGAGACGACGUUGCUAGUAGUCAGAAUUAAUUGACGCGAC